AUUCUCAUAGCAUAGCAUUCAAUUUACAGCCAUCACCAGAAUUACUAGCGAGUGAGAUUUGCGAGACACAGUUUCUACCAGUCAUGACAUCCGCAGAGGCAUUCAAGGAGCUCCCCAGGGACAUUGCUGCGGUUGAUGUGAAGGGCAUGACCUACGUGUUCUUCGUCAACUCGAAUCACCAGCUCUGCUACCUCCUUUCUCCUGGGCCGGAAACCGAUGACUAUGACCCUCGCGUCGUCAAGCUCACAGACGGAGACCUGAAGGUCAAGUGCGGCAGCAGGCAAAUCGCCGCAGCGGCUUGGCAGGGAGGAAACGGCCAAGAAAUCCGCAUCUACUGCAUUGCUCCCGAAAAGGGGCAAUGUGAGAACAAAGGCUAUAUCCAAGAGGUCUCCUUCAGCUCUAGCACUGGAUGGGAGCAUGGCCUUCUUGGCUACAAGGAGGAGGGAAGGCCUUACGUUGACAAGGAUGCCUCGCUAACCGCCUGCGUUCAUACCUGGCCUGACAAGACCGAUAUUAAGGUUUUUGCCUCAGGAAAGGGCGAAAAUGGACGUCCCAAAAUUACUAUGCAUCAGUACAGCUAUGGGCAUAAGAAGUGGCUGGGCAAGGUUAUCAGUAACAAAGUCUCGGAUUGGUAGGGCUUUGGCGAGGGAGAUACUGGCGUGUGAGGUUAGAGCUAGUGAUACGUUGGAGUUGUGGAAUGCCAUUCUUGUGCGUUAGUGUCAAUUUGACUUAGCAAGGACUGAAGUCUCCGCAAGUAGUUGUUGAUGAAAUGAAUCUCGGAGGACAAGCUUAGGCGCAAGUCUAGAGCGUUGACCCUGAUCCGAUCUACCGAUAGCUAGAAUUAACAAGCUCAUGUGUUUACACCAAGUUACAUAGCCAUGGACUUGACUAGACAGCCACGUGUAGGUCAUAGCUAGAAUCUG